AACCCAGAAAACCAGUGACCUUAAACCUCCCCCAUUUAAAAAUGCUCAAAAGGCUUACGUUCCUAGGCUUUCUUCUCAGAAUGUCAGGGCAAAAAGCAUAGAAUCCUGGCCAAAAGUUAGAAACAUUCCUAGCACGCCAGAUGAAUCAAGUGCAUGUCCUCGUUUGGGUCUCACUCCUUGAUCUCCUGUUCUCACAAGUUCAAGCACAAACCUCAUAUGGCCAGGACAGUCUCCCAUCCUCAUCACAGGACACGGAGUCCAAUUUCCAGCCCAGCCUCGCCGUCGUCAUCGGCAUACUCUCUGUGAUGUUCUCUGUCACCUUUGUCCUGCUAGUGUAUGCGAAGUUUUGCCACCGGGCUGGGCACGCUACUGCCGGCGGCGGUGAUCGAGAGAACCCCGCAGCGCUCGCGCGGUCGAGGUCGAGGUCGAGGUUCUCGGGCAUCAACAAGACUGUGAUCGAGUCGCUGCCUUUCUUCAGGUUCUCCUCGCUCAAGGGAUCGAAAGAAGGGCUAGAGUGCGCGGUGUGCUUGUCCAAGUUCGAAGACAUUGAGAUUCUCCGGUUGCUCCCCAAGUGCAGGCACGCGUUCCACAUCGAUUGCAUCGAUUACUGGCUCGAGAGGCACUCGAGCUGCCCGCUGUGCCGGCACAAGGUCAGCGCCGAGGACCCAGCGAGCUUCACCUAUUCAAAUAGCAUGAGGCUGAUGAGCCAAUCUGAUAUGAGACAAGAUUCCAACUUGGAGCUAUUCGUUCAGAGAGAGGCGGGGAUUCAAGGAUCAUCAUCGCGGUUCAACAUUGGGAGCAGCUUUCGGAAGAUUUUCAAGAGCAACAAGGAAGAGGAGAUCCAAGAAGAGGCUGAGAAUAGGAAGAUCCUGCACAAGCUCAACCACAAGAUCAUAGCAUCCGACGUCGUCCUCAAGAACCGGUGGAGCAACGUGAGCUCUUCCGAUCUAAUGUACCUCAAUUCGGAGAUGCUAAACGACCGCUCGCGCAAUAGAUUCUCUUCCCUAGAACUGGAAGGCGCCGAACAAGCCGCCACAAUGGCGGCGCGGACAUUCGAGAGUGGCGAGAUAAUGAAGAUCAAGGAGGAGAUGGAUAGGAAGAGGUUGUUUGAGAGCAAGUUAAGCUCAAUUGACAAGAACAGCUUGGUCUCCAUCCCGGGGCAUCCUUCCACGUCCCCUGUAGAUGCAGGCUCAGGUCAGCAAUCGAAGAUCAUGUCGCCAGUGGGUAAGAGAUCGAUGUCGGAGAUAACUGGUGUGUCGAGGUUCGGAGACUCGAGUUCAAGGAAUAGACACAGAGAGAUACUGGAUGGUGGUGAUGUUAAGAAUGAGAGGAUGCGGCAGAUUUGGUUGCCAAUUGCUAGGAGGACAGUACAGUGGUUUGCCAAUAGAGAAAGAAGGUCUCAAAACACCCACAGCCCAACGCAGACCGCAGUCCCAGAUGUGUAAAGUAGUAUCUACUUCUUCGACUGAAGAAACAAGCCCAUUCGGUACACCAUCUUCACUUCUUGAUUCAACCCUUCUGAUAUUUUUUCUCAACGCGCUUAAACUUCUGAGUUAAAGACGAUUAUCUUUCGGGUCCGC